AUGGCAGUCGAUUCCUCUGUCUCGUCCAAACCCCUUGACAUCCCAUUCCCCCCCCUUUCUCCCCAUAUUUUCCCCUCAAUUGUCCCCCCCCCUCCCUGCACCCCUCCCCCACCCUCCCCUCACACCCUACCCUUCCCCCUCCCCACCCCCACUUCCCCCUCCAAUAACCAGGCAGGCGUGCUGGCGGUGGGGCUGAGUGACAACAGCGUGGAGCUGUGGGCCACAGCAGCCACUGGAUUGGACGGGACGUGCGGCCAGGAUGGCACCGGGGCAUUCUCUCUGAGGCUGCUGCGCUCUGUGGCUUGCUCAGAUCGCAGCCUGCUGUACGCCAUGCGCUUGCACUGGCAUGCGCCCUCCUCACACCUGCAUGUGGCGGCCGGCACCAUCUUCAACCAGCUGCUGCUCUGGACCCUGCCUCUCCAAACCUCUGCCUGCUGUGACACUUUGGGCCGCAGCACUCAGGAGCCAUGCCACGUGGCACCUUCCCAUAGGUUGGGAGGCCACGAGGGGUCGAUCUACCGAGUGGUGUGGCAGGAGGAGAGCGACAGGGGGUGUUGGGGAGGACAUGGAGAGGGAGGGGAAGAGAACAGGAGCGGAGGAGGAGAGGAUGGGGAGGGCUCAAGAGAAGAAGGCUCUGAAACCUUCACACUGAUUUCAGUUUCGGACGACCGCAGGCAAGCAGGGUAUCAGCUUGGUGCUGCUGAGUGCUGCCCCUUGUAUUGUAUCGCCUGCGUGUGGCCAUGCAGUGCGCGCGUGUGGCGGGUGACCAUGCCGGCCAACGCACCACACGCACCACAGGCGGACAGCUGUGAGGAGCAGUCAUCCGUUGGUGGGGGCGGUACACACACGGUGGACUGUGCUGAGGCUCACAGGGUGCUGUUCGGCCACGGGGCUCGCCUCUGGGACGCCCAUCUAGACUCUCAGGUCAUCUCCUGCCCCCCUGUCCCCCUGCCCCCAUCUUCCUGCCCGCUUGCCUGCCUGGCCCCCUUCCCCCUUCCCCUCGUGCCCCCCUCCCCUCUCCCCCAUUGCUCCCCUCUCCCCCAUUGCUCCCCUCUCCCCCAUUGCUCCCCUCUCCCCCAUUGCUCCCCUUCCCGCCUUCCCCAGUCUCUCCUGUCCGCAACAGCCCCCCAGCCUGUGCACUGCAGUGCCUCCCUUGUCUGCCUCUCAGCAGCUUCCCUUCACACUCUCUCCAUGUGCCGCCAUGUCACACCGCACCACAUCACACCAUCGCACCACCGUGCCCACAUGCCCCCACGCCCCCACGUCCCGGCCCCUCAAGCAACCCCCCCUCCUCCCCCCUUGGUGGCAUGGCAGGUGGCAGUGACGGUGAGUGAGGACUGCACAGCACGCGUGUGCUGCAUUCUCAUCCACAUCCUUUCCCAGCCACGACCGCACACCAUUCCCUGCAGAUCCACCGCAAUCAGGUCGUUUCCUUCUCUUUGCCGCCCUCAUGCUUCCUCACCCCGUUCUCCCCACUCUCUGCCCCUUCCUUCUCCCUCCCAUGCUGCCCUCAAUCACCCAUGCGUGCAUGUAUGGGCGAGCAGGGGGCGGGGCAUAUGGCGCUGUGUGGUGCAUCCCCCCACGCGCACGCUCAUCACAGGGGGGGCGGACGCCGCCAUCAACCUGCACGCCCUCCCCGCCCUGCCCUCUCCCCGCGCCCUGCCCUCGCCCCUGCCCUCCGCAUGCGCCCUCCCCUCCGCCGUGCCCGCGGCCCUGUCAUGGCACCCCUCUCUGGACGCGCUGCUGCUGCGCGUCACGCCCACGGCCGCCCUCACAGGCACCACCAUCGCCCUCACCUCUGCUGCUGCCGCCCCUGGCGCUCUGACAGAGGUUGAGGCAGGGAAGGAAGGGGACAGCGGUGGCAAGGAUAGGGAGGAGGGGAGUGCAGAGGAGGAGGGGGAGGAAGGAGAUGCUAAGGAGGGAGGGGAGGGGGGCGGAGAGAUGUGGGAGGGGUGGGGGAGAAGGGGAUCCGGGCGAGCAGGGCGGGGGCGGGAGAGGGAGGGGCGGUGGCGGGUGGUGUGUGGGUUUGGCAUGGGACAGGCUGUGGCCCUCACCCUCUCUCUCUGGACCCUCCCUCUCCACCCCAUGCACGCACACAGGGCGGAGGGUGGGGAGGGUGGAGGGGAUGGGGGGGAUGGGGGGAAACAAGGGGCGGAAGGUGCACCUGAGGAAGGGGGGCAAGGGGAAGUGGGAGGGGAGGGAAGACGGGCAAGUGAGUUAGGAGAGGUGGAGGUGGGGUGGUGGAGUGAGUGGCAGGCACACCACGCAAGGCGGCUUCUUGGAACCUUCUGGUGCCGCAGCCUCAGUGACAGGCAUGUGUUCACCACGGACCCAGCGGGCGGCGUUGUUUGGUGGCACUUGGACGACACAGCACCGCCACCUGCCUCCUCCAUCUGCCCUCUCGCACUUGGCACUGUUCACCUGUCCGGGCGGCAGCUGCCGGCCACAGCAGUGGCAAGGAUCCAAUCACCGGGCGGCGCGCGUGUGGUGUGCGUGGAUGCAUGCCCUCACAGCAGGGUACCACCGUCUUGCCCCGAUUUGAAGUGCCCCCCAUACACUUCUCGCCUUCACUGUGUGCCUGUGUCCCAUCUACACCUCCCCUGUUCCAUCGCCUUGUUCCCCCCCUUCUCCACCCCCCACCAGUGCCAUCCCCCUGUUUCCCCUUCUCCACCCCCUACCAGUGCCAUCCCCUUGUUUCCCCUUUUCCAUUGCCUUGUGUGCCCCGCCCCGCGUGCAACAGCUGCUGCCAGCCUGGCAUUGGGCGAAUUAUUCUCGUCAGGCGCCUCAAUCAGAAUUACUCUCCCCUCCCAUCCCCCUCCGCACCCUUUCAUCCUGCCGCCCGCCUGGCAGCUGCUGGCACUGGGCGACCAGAGGGGCCACCUCUACCUCUACCGCUACUCCCUCGCCGCCCCUGCUGCCGGCCACCCAGUGGUGGACUGCCACGUGGCAGCAGUGCUCAAGGGGGCACAUGGCAUAUCUGCAGUGGCGAGUGUGACAAUAGAGGGGGCAGCAGGCAUGGGCGCAGCUGCAGCGGCGCUUGGCUUCACUGCCCUCAUCCACACGGUGCGUGCCAUGGCUGCUGUGCAGUGCGGUGCAGUGCGGGGCGUGCAGCAGACAGGAGAGCAGCAGGGUGGAGUGGUGUGUGUGGGCGUGCAGCGAGCAGGGGAGGUGGGCAUGGUGGAGCGCGUGGUGCGGGUGAGGGGCGGGGGAGGAGGACGCAGGGCAGGCAGGGUGGCGGUGGGGUUUGCAGCAGCGGACUUUGUGGUGUGGAGUGUGGACGAACAGACAGAGGUGGCGCGCAUAGCAUGUGGGGGAUGGCGCCGCCCGCACUCCUUCCUCAUCGAUGCGCACUGCAUGGGGUCCUUCGCAUUCGCCUUCCUCAAGGGCAGCCAUGUGCACGUCCACCGCACCUCACCUGCUGCCACACACGCCGCCCUCCCCUCCCCACACGCGCCUCCCCCCCCGCCCCCCUCCUCCCUGCAUCCCACCUUCCACGGCCGUGAGCUGCACUCUCUCGCCCUCGUGCCUCUGCCGCAUCGCCCCUCGCCCUGCACCCACACCCCCUCCUCCUCUUGCCCUACUCCGCUGCGCCCCUCCCCGCCCUGCGCCUCGCUGCUGCUCUCGGCGGCUGAGGAUGGCUGCCUGCGCGCCUCCCUGUACGACGCCACCUCAGGGGAGGAGAGCGGGGGGGUGCUGGAGGGCAGUGAGCGAGUGGGGGAGCACGUGGGGGGGAGCGCCAUCAGAGCCAUUGCCACGUGCGCUGCAGAGGGCAGCAGCAGCAGCGGUGGUGGUGGUGGUGGUGGUGGUGGUGGUGGUGGUGCCCCCUCGUCGUGGCUUGUGUUCACCGCUGGAGCGCGCGAGGUGCUCAUGUGCUGGCUGCUGCUCUGCCCGGGCCCCAUUCCCCCGCCUGCUGCCCCGUGCCUUGCUCUUGCCCCGACCUCCCCACACACUGGGCAGCAGGGAGGGCAGGGGGAGGGGCAGACGGAGGGGGAGCAGCAGCGGGUUGGGAGAGAGGAUGUGGGAAGCAGAGGGGGGGGAUGGGAGGAUGUGUUUUUGAAAGGAGUGCAAAGGAGCAAGGCCGAAGGCGGGGGUGGAGCAGAGGCAAGAAGGGGGGAUGGAGGAGCGGAUGGGCGGCAAGUUUUGUCAUUUUGGUUGAGCACACACCGGCCAGAUAAAAGGCGAGUGGUGCCGUGUGGUGGUGGGAGCAGCAUCGACAGUGUGGAGGACGAUGUGCGGUACCUGAGCGUCACGGCAUUCUCCUUCGGCAGCUUCUCCCAACGCUCACUGGUGGCGGUGGUAGCAGCGGCCACAUCAGACGCGCACCUGCAUCUGCUGGCCUUCCACGCGCCGUCCCUCUCCUGGCACCGCCUCGCCUCCCUGCGCCACCACACCUGCCCCGUCCUCUCCCUCCACCACCUCCUCCUCCCCUUGCACCCCGCCCCCACUGCCACCUCCCCCUUGCCUGCUGACCCCACCGCUGACCCCACCACUGCCCCCACCACUGCCCCGACCGAUGCCCCCACCGCUGACCCCACCGCUGACCCCACCGCUGACCCCACCGCUGACCCCACCGCUGACCCCACCGCUGACCCCUCGCUGCCUUCUCUACCGCGCUGCCUCAUCACCAGCGGCGCAACGGACGGCUCUGUGGUGCUCUGGGAUGUCACCGCCCCUGUCACCCAAUUCCUGCACGCCACGUGGCAUGCUGCCUCGCAUCCCCCCCCACUUUUUCCCUCAUCCUUAUCCUCAACAAAAGCAGCAUCAGCAGGUGCAGCAAGGGGCGGCAGCUCGGGGGCAGUGAGGCCGGUGAGUGGGCGAGGCAGUGAGGGGGGGCAGCGCAGGAGGAAUGCACGUUGGCACUUGCAGGGGGGGGGGAACGGGCACAGGCAGGGCGGAGGGAAGGGGAAGGGGCAGGGCGAGGGGCUUGGGGGAGAGAGGAGUGGUGGCAGCGAGACUGGGGAGCAGUCAGGGCGAGAGGGGGAUGAGCGGCGGACAGGGAUGGGAGAGGCAGGAGGGGACGAGGCUUGUGGACUGGUGGUGGGGCGUGGAGACCAAGGGAAAAUAGUGGUGAGGGAGGAGGGAGUCGAAGAGGAGGAGAGAGGGGAGGGGGAGGUAAGAGAGGAGGUGGAGGAAGGUUCAGAAGGCAAGGGAAGUGAGGAGAAGCAGCAUGUCAGUGCAGAGGCGCAGGGGUGGCCGUGUGUGGACGUGGGUCCACUGGGCAAGAAACGCGAGGGGAUGGGGGGAUGGGGGAUCGGGGGGGAUGGGGUGGAUGGGGUGGAAGAUAGCGGGGUGAGGGGCGUGGGGCCGGCACACGUGGUGGUGGUGAGUGGGGGCGACGACGAGGCUGUGCAUGCUGUGGUGCUGCACCUGGACUGCACGGGCGCCGGGCACAGCGCGCAUGCAGGACGUUCCGAGGGGCUGGGCGCAGAGGAGGAGGAAGAGGGGGGAAGUGAGGGGGGAGAGAGGGGAGUGGUGGCGCGAGUGGUUGCACGGACAUGUCAACGGAAUGCUCACUCUGCUGCUGUCAAAGGCAUCUGGACGGAUGGGCAGGCGGUGCUGUCUGUGGGCCUGGACCAGCGCCUGCGCUGCUGGUCCCUCUCCUCCAAUCACCACGCGCCACAUGGCGAGGCAGGCGGUGAAGAGGCAGCUGCAGAAGGGAGAUGCAGCGAGGAGGGGCAGAGGGGCGAGAGGGGGUGUGCAGGAGAGGAGGGAGGGGUGGCCGUGGAGAGGAGCAGGUUGGAUGUGGGGGAGGUGGUGUGUGGGGUGGGGGAGGCAGGGGCGCCUGUAGAUGAGAUGAGGGAGGAGGGGGUGCAGUUGGAGGGCAGGGGGCGGUGUGUGGUGGAUGUGCCCGAGGCAGAGGGGCUGGCGGUGAUGGGUCAAGGCAAGGGCAGGUGA